AUGUCCUCGUCAAUUAAAUCAUCAAACAAAAUAAAACAAACAAUUAUUGGGCCAAUACUAAUUACAAUUUCUAUUUUUAUUAUUGCUACAUUAAUUGUUUGUGCUUCACUCUUGCGUGAAUUAAGCAAUCUUUAUAAUGAAAUUAAUUUGGAAUUGGAGGAAUUUAAUAUUUUGGAAAAUAAAGCUUGGAAUAAAAUAAUGAAUGUUAAUCAGAAUAAUUUAAAUGUAAAUUCAUUGAGAACAAAACGGCAAGGUUACGACAGUCUGGGAACAGCUGCUGUUGAAUCAGCAAGUUUGGGGAAACAAAAUUUCCAAUUAAAACAACAACAGACUUUAAAUAAUCGUAACUGUGGUAGUUGUGCUUUACGUUCUAAAAAUUGUCCUUCGGGUCCAGCAGGCGCUCCAGGAAUUAAAGGAAUUCCUGGGGAAGAUGGAAUCCCCGGACAACCAGGACAUCAAGGUAUUGCAGGAAUUGGUGUUGUGAGUAAUAUGCAAAAAUCUGUUUGUAUCAAAUGCCCUAUGGGGGUAAAAGGAGCGCCAGGAAGUGAUGGACCGCCUGGAAAACCUGGCCCACUCGGUGAGAAUGGAAAACCGGGAUUACCAGGAAAAGAGGGUGAUCCAGGAAAACCAGGUGCUCGAGGCGAUAAAGGCCCAUUAGGAGCCCCAGGUGAGUCUGGAGUGAUUGGAAAACCAGGGACUUCAGGACAGUCAUCUACUUCUAAACCUGGGCCGAAAGGAGCAACAGGCCCUCCAGGGAAGCAAGGAGAGCCUGGUCUGCCAGGAGACACUCCAAAAAUUGGAGAGCCAGGCCCUCCAGGACCAAUUGGACCACCUGGCCCGCCUGGAGAACCUGGAAAAGAUGGUGAAACAGGAAAGCCUGGAGGUGUUGGUUCUCCUGGCUCUGAUGCUGAAUAUUGUGGUAAUUAA